AUGGUCGGAGCCAAGCCCUCUAGAUGGCGACGGGCACUGUGCGUGUUCGUGACGUUGCUCGCGCUGUUCUUGCUCGGGACGGUGGUGGUGUUGACGACCGUGGUCGAGUACUUUGGCGUCGACUGGCGCGAUGUCAUAACCGAGCCCGAGAUGCGCCUCUACGAACGCUUGGCCCGAGAAGCCGCUGCCACGCAGGCCGUUCUCGCCAACAGCGGCGCUGCUCAACACCAAGCCAAGGGUAAUGCUCAGGCCGUCGUCAAGUCCAAGCUCGCCUUCGACGACGACAUCAGUGCCGAAGACGACGAACCGUCGGUGGUACGACUUUUCGAGGGAGCCGACAGCCAGCCCGAAGCCCUGGCCUCAAUCGCGCGCAGCGACAACGGUGACGGCGCGCGGCCCGAUCGACGGUCCCUCAACGCCGAGGCGUCCCUUCCGUUGGCUCGACGCGAACUCGCAACCCCGACCACGAGCACGACAGCAGCCGAAGCCAGCUUGGCCGCUGCGGUCGAUGACUUUGAACGUUCGCUCAAGACCAAGCCAACGCCGCGGAUACCGCGCAUCAUCCAUGCGACUUGGAAGACGGACGUCGUCCCCCAGCGGUGGCUCGCAGCGCGCCAAGGCUGUAUGGAUAUGCACCCGGACUAGUGAGUUACUCUGUCCAGCGUUACCCGCCCUGCCCAUAUGCUAAAGACCGUACGUCCACCUGCACUCGCCCUGGAUUUUGCUCACCACAGCGAGUUCAAGCUUUGGUCCGAUGCGGCUUCGCGCGAGUUCAUCGCGACUCACUACGCGUGGUUCCUCUCGGCCUUCGAUGGCUACACCUACCCGAUCCAACGCGCCGAUGCAAUCCGCUACUUUGUGUUGCACCGUUUCGGUGGCAUCUACAUGGAUCUCGACGUCGGCUGCAAGCGCCCCCUCGAUCCUCUGCUGUACUACCAGGUGAUUCUCCCCGCGACGAUCCCCGUCGGUGUAUCGAACGACGUCAUGUUCUCCGAAAAGGGCCACCCCUUCAUGGACAACGUCAUUCGCAAUCUCCUCACCUUCAACCACCAAUACGGCACCAACUACCCCACUGUUAUGUUUUCCACCGGUCCCAUGUUUCUUUCGGCGCAGUACGGCCUGUGGCCGAAGGAAGACCUCACUCUGGCCGAGCGCCAAGUUCGAGUUCUUCCGCGAAGGUGGUACGGGAAGAAUGCCCCCGCGAACGAGAUGGGGGAUUCGUUCUUUGAGCACUUCUAUGGGUCGUCGUGGCACGCGUGAGUUUGCUCGGCGCCGACCGCCGCGGCUCGUCCUCGGCGAUCAUGACCUCUGGAAAGCUGACCGCGCUACUUGCCUACUGCAGUGAUGACGCCGGUUUCAUCACCUUCCUCGGCAGGUUUGGCAUGCUCUUGAUGUACCUCGGCGCAACGAUCGUCGUUUGGGGGGUCGGUCGCAUGAUGUGGGGAAAGCGCUUCGGGAUGAAGAAGCCGGUUCCGAAAUCCGGACGGACGCACGGUCCAAUCGCCUUACCGCUACACCUCGACGGUUCAAGCUUUUCGCUUGCCCGACCGAGUACACCGGGCAGUGCUCGACCCGACAGCCCCCUUGGUGGUUCGAGAAGCGGAUCACCGAGCAGCUCGCGCCGCCCUUCCGAAAUCGGCCCUCAGGGCAGUCGUGGCGUGCUGUACUACCUCCCCGUCUGGCUCAUGCCCCAGGACGCUGGAUCAAGAACGUCGACACCGACAACAGCGGGUCCUGGAACAUGGUCACAACUCUUCUAUAGCGACGACGAGGAGGCAAACCGGUACAGCCCCAUCCCUUCGUACUCGCGACCGCCGUCGCCCUCGAACAACUCGAUCCUUCACGCACCUGGGUCGAUGCACGACGGCGCCUUCAACGGUACCCCACUAUCGACGAUGCACGCCAACGAUGAAUCGGCGCGCUCGAGUGAGGUCUUCCACCGGGCCUCCCUCGGUUCUGCCACCUCAGCGCCGCCGCCCGAAUACUCGAACUCAAAGGGAUGGUCCAGUUUUUUUCGGUCCCCUCGCGCGUCGUUUCUCCCCCUCACUGGCCAACAACAGCAACAAAAUUCAGAAGCAUGCACUAACGGCUCUGCCCAUGCAACCGCUGCCGCCGCGAUCCCCGAAUCCUUCUCGCCCGAGCACCCCGCCCGGGGCACGCUCCCACCUCUCUACACGGCCUCUUUCUCCGGCCCGUUCUCCAGCCCCACGGGCACACCCCAAUCAACAUCGCCGUCGUCCAAGCACGCCGCCGAACGAGGGGACGUCCAACUCGGCAGAGAAUGUCGUCCCACAAGUGAUUCGUCCGCGACGACAUUCACUACGGGGAGCGGAGAGCUACGAGGGCGAGGAAUGGUCCGGACAAACUCGGGAGGCAUCUCGCUCGGGAACAGCGGCGUCGCAACCGUCGACGGAAGGCCAACAACCGCCACGUCGCCUGAGGCGGCGAACGCUGCAAGGGCCGCAGAAGCCGCCGACGCUCAAUUUGCCGAUAGCAGCGACGACCACCACCAGCAGCACCAGCACCAGCACCAGCACCCGCAACCGCAACCGCCGCAGCAACAGCAAGCCUUCACCGUCACCCCCACCCGGGUUGGUGCCCUCGAGUCCGAAUCGGAUCUCGUAGGCCCCGAUGUCGACCGCGAAGUGCACCGACUGCUUCAUGAUAUGACGCCUGACUUGGCCAGGCCCCGCGCGAGGGACAAUUAG